CACUGAGAGAGGAGGUGGUGGAGAGAAGAGUGUAUGGAGGCAUGCAAGUGAGAGCCGGGAGAGGAAGGGACAGGCAAGAGGGAAAGGGAAGCCAGGUGCAUUUUACGGAGUUAAUUAGGGACUUAUAUACUCAUUAGGAAUACAAAGAAGAAAAACUCUAAAAUUUGGGUAGCAUAAAUGUGUGUGAGAGAGAAAGAGAGAGGGUGGGAUCUCUGAGGAUACACGGAUGAGAAGGAAGAGUGAGGGAGACGAAGAAGAGGAGCCCGAGUGUGGAUCGCCCUGGGGGGAGCUCGCACACGCCGCAGACAAGCGCACACACUCCGGCGGGCACUCGGCACCGUUUCCCUGACAACUAGGAUGGGCUGCAAUUUGUGCACCUUGCAGAAACGAGAGGAACACUACAAACUGCUCUACGAGAUUGCACAGGUGAACGGGCGUGACUUCUCCAAGGUUGAACAUGACGAAUCAGUGGUGGAGGCCAUCAGGCGAGACCCCAUCGUUGUCCAGGUUCUCCGGCGAACCCCCGCCAGAGCCACCGUCGUGCAAAAGAACUGCGACUCGGCACAGGAUGUGUGUGUGGUCGACGUUUGCACACAAACAGACAUCACAUUCGAGCACAUCAUGGCGCUGGCCAAGCUCCGGCCCGCAACCCCGCCAGUCCCAGACAUCUGUCCGUUCUUGCUCUCCGACAGCUGUCAAUCCAUACACACCAUGGAACACGACUUUUAUGAAUGUCCAGAGUACAUGUCCAAUACUCCAGGAGAAGUGGAAAGGCCUGAAGAGUACGAGUACGAGGAAGUGGAGCUGUGUCGUCUGAACAGAGAGGAUAAGCUCGGUCUGACAUUAUGCUACCGGACCGACGACGAGGAGGACACCGGUAUUUACGUCAGUCAGGUGGAGCCGAACAGCAUAGCAGCGAGAGACGGACGCAUUAAGGAAGGAGACCGCAUUCUGCAGAUAAAUGGCUUUGAAGUGCAAGACCGGGAGAAAGCCGUUGCCUUGUUGUCAAGCGAAGAAGCAAAGAGCAUCAGACUCCUGGUGACAAGGCCAGAGAUCCAGCUGGAAGAGGAGGCUGUGUGGCUGGAUGACGAGCAACAGCGGCUCGUCGAGGAGCUGAAGAUGGAGAUUCUGGAGGAGAAGAGGAAGCAGAGAGAACAGAGCUUUGAGAUGGCAGAUAGGCUCCUAGGUGAUGAGGACGCCACAACGGACACGGCCACCUGUUCUUCCAACAAUCAAGACAGUGGAUUUGGGCGCAGCACAGACAGUACCGAGCACCAGCCCUUAUUGGCAAGACUUUACAAGAGGAGCCCCGCAAAGUGCCUGAGGGAUCGAUGGCAGUCAGAACAUCCACUCAACAGGCGAGGGACUGUUGUACCACAAGACGCCCAAAGCACAAAAUCCCAUUUAACGAGCCAAGGCAACGAAAGUGUAGUGAGUAUUCGUAAUAGUGGAUGCGGAGUCCGAGGUUUAGAGAACUGCUUCCAGCAACUUUUAGAGCUCAAGUGCCAAAUACGAAAUGGGGGCGAAUGCGGGGUGUACUCCAUUAGACACAGUAUAGAAUGUAGUCUCACUGGGCAAGGUGGAGGGGAUGGAGAUAGUGACGGUGAUGUUGGUGCAGGGGGAGGGGUAGAGCAGGAGUUGAAGAUGCUGAAUGAAGAGCUGCGCAGCAUUGAGUUGGAGUGCCAGAGCAUCAUGCAAGCCCAUCAACUACGCAAGUCCCAGCAGCUCGAGCAAUCACAGCCUGCACCCUGCUCACCAGGAAUGAACCACAAAAAUGGACAAAAGCGGCACGGGAGGCUGGCUGACAUUCAUGAGUACCCCGAGAGGUCUGACAGCGAUCGAGUUCGUGAGAAGGACAGCUCCAGUGCCUACAACACAGCGGAGAGUGCCCGGUCAACGCCUCUGGGCAUGGAGAAAUCCCCUGAUCAUUCGCUGCAGAGACAGAUCAGCAUUACCAACCAGAAAAACCUCAGACUUGCCUCUUCUGCGCCAUCCAAUCCCAUUCCUAUCCCAAAGCCUCAAGGCACACAUAGGCCUUGCAGGCCAGCCGAUCAUGGUCCAGUUAUCUCCAGCAGCCCCGACCAGAGCAAUCCUUCACGGUCUGAGUCGGACCCAGCCCUACCAGCGGACGACGAAAGAUGCGACAAAAAGGGAAGCAGCAGAGACUCGAGAAGAGCUCUUCCUUAUGGUGCUUCAUAUCAGACGGGCACCUAUCACGGCCAGGGAGGAUCCAAACAACUUCAGAGCUAUAUGCAGCUGCUCCAGCAGCACUCAUCCCUGGAGUAUUCACAGAGCCAGCUGAGUCUCCUUAGCGUGUGUCGAGAUCCCAUGCACCGCAACGGUCAUGGGGGGGAACCUCGCCUCGAGUGGAAAGUCAAAGUCCGCGCAGAUGGGACUCGCUACGUCGCCAGGAGACCUGCUCGCGACCGCAUACUUAGGGAGCGGGCACUUAGAAUCAGAGAAGAGAGGAGCGGAGGCAUGACCACAGACGACGAUGCGAUGAGUGAGAUGAAGAUGGGCCGCUACUGGAGCAAGGAGGAGAGGAAGCAGCAUUUGGCAAGAGCCAGGGAGCAAAGGAAGAGGAGGGAGUUCAUGCAGAAAAGCCGCCUCGAAUGCCUAAAGGAGGGACCGGCGAGCGGAGCCGAGGGCAAAAAGGAGAUCAACAUCUUGGAGCUCAGUCACAAAAAGAUGAUGAAGAAGCGGAACAAAAAAAUUCUGGACAACUGGAUGACCAUCCAAGAGCUGAUGAGCCAUGGGGCAAGAGUCCCAGAGGGAUCUACUGUUCAUAAUGCCUUUCUUUCUGUCACCACUGUUUAAGAGACGUGUCUAAAUAUUUGAUGCAGGCAUAUUUUUUAAAAUCAGGUGCACCGUUGCUUUGUUUUGGAAGUCGUCACGCUGUGAAAACCACUGUACAUGGAGAAACUCUGCAGCAUUCCCUGAGCAACGUUUUUGCUAACAGUUGGAAGAAUGUUCAGCAUUCAGUCCCACACGUCAGUCAUUUAAAACACGACGCAAGAUGCUUUUAAACCGGACCAACGUUUUAUUUUUUUUUGGUGAUAAGGUGGUGCCUAGUAGCAUGUCGGUUCAAUCAGUUCAUAAAACGCGAACGAACCGACAAUGUUUUGUAUACUCUGCUUUGUGUCUUAAUAUCUGUCAUUUUUAUGUUUCAUAAUAUAUGAAGCAAUUUUACUUGCCUCAUUCGAGCUGGCCUUUUAUAUGGGGAAGAUUGCAGUAUUUUUUACACUUUGUAAUCUCAAAUUUUGUAAGAAUUUUUUUUUUUUUUUUAAUGCAGAAUGUCAAUGUAUUGUAAACGAUUAUCAUAAUUUCCUAUUUAUAUUUGUAUCACCAAACCCGCCACUGUCGAGGUGAGACUAUUUGAUUGUACUAUAGCUAACGCUGUACGCCAGACCAGCAAAACAGGAAGUAAGAAAUCUCAAAAGACAAACCCUGCCGGAGACGACUCCUUUACAUCGCAUCUGUGUCGGUGUCAGGGGUUGUCGGUUUACGUCACUAAAAAUGUCAAUAUGCUGUCAAAGAGACAUUUUAGACGUGAGUUAGAAGGGUUCUUUGAAACAAUUUUACCUCAGCUUACAGUUAAAACUGAACUAUCAAGAAAUUCAAUGCUUUGCUAAUGAAAUCAUUGCCUGAUACUUUAAAGUAUGAACCUGUGACUUAUGUUUAAAUCAUUUUUAGUUUAAUUUAUAUUGUUUACUUGCUAAUUGUAUUUAUUGUAAAUUAAGUUAAUCGUCAGCCCCGAUUCUCUUAAUGUGGGGCGUCCUGAGGAAAGCAACGUUUUUCAAUGCGCUGAGAAGACUUUGUAUCAUAUUUUCAGCCUUUCAGCUCUGCUGUUUUUACUGCUAACGAGGCCUCAAAUUGAGUAAUUGUUGAUAAUGUUUGUAAAACUGAAUAAAGAAAGCAGCAAAAAGCA